UCAAAUUAUUGCCAUCUUUCUUUCAAAGCGUAGGGCUAUUUGUAUUUUGUGGAGAUACGUUCUCUCUCUGUGGAUCUCAUAGUCUCUCAUGGCGACCUGCUUCGUUCCUGUGUCUAUCUCAGGUGGAUCGCAACUUCAUGCGCGUGAGCUCUGGUCAACAAAACCAAAUUCAUUUGGAAAAACUCCGAAACUGAUAAUACAGAAGAAAUCGAACCGGGCAGGAAUUUCUCGCAGGCUAUCUGUUCGUGCAGAGUACAACAGCGAUAGCAGAAGUGGAGCUGGUGAUUUUCUUGCUGGUUUUCUUCUGGGUGGUGCCGUGUUUGGAACUUUAGCUUAUGUUUUUGCUCCCCAGAUCAGAAGAUCCCUUCUGAAUGAAGAUGAAUAUGGUUUCCGGAAGGCCAGGCGACCAAUGUAUUAUGAUGAAGGUUUGGAGCAGACUCGGCAGACCUUGAAUGCAAAGAUAAGCCAACUCAAUUCAGCCAUUGACAACGUAUCCUCACGUUUAAGGGGUACCAAUAAUGUGCCUACGGUGCCAGUUGAAAGUGAUCCUGAAGUUGAAGCUACCAUGUGAGAUUUGUCCCCAUUUACCAAAAUAUGAUCUUUGAAUCUUUAACCUUUGCUUAUACAUUUGAAGUUGGAUAUGUAAUUCUGUGGUCUUGCCCUCCUUUUUUCUGAAUAAAGGUCGUUUGAUGGCUUUUAAUAUCUAAA